GUACUUUAUAGAUGGUUUUUCCAUUCAGUAAUAACUACAUUGUGUAAUUUGGGACUAUCGCCGAAAUUUAAUGCUUCCUUAUUAGCACUUAUUAUAAGACAUUCAACCUUAACACAUAUAUGUACGUUCUAGAUACACGUGCACACAAGGAAAAGGCUAUGUCGGUACCAAAUGUAUGUGAUAAGACUGACAACGGCGAAGAAGACGACGAAUUUGAAGAAACGACUGUUUUAAGGCGACGUAGGCGAUGCAACAAAGAGAUUUCUUCAAGAGAUAGUAUUAUAUACAAGUAUGAUACCCUUUGCCACUGUGAAGAGGAAUGCCGUUGUCAAGUCCAGCAGAAUUUGCGGGAAAGUACUGCCAUGGAAGUAAUAGACACAACUACCAGAAGAUCCGUUAUUGAUUUUAUGGUAAAAGAAGAUGUCGUGAAAGGUGGAAUGAAUCUUCAUUCGAAUGAUUAUGGACACUAUAUCGAAAUCACAGAUACCCGUAAUAAAUACCCUUCAAAUAUGGCAUUGCAAAACACAGACAACAUACUAGGUAUUAAUAAUCAAGCAGUUGAUCAGUAUCACCACUUUAUUGUCUUGGAAAUGUUCCGGAACAUGAUUAAGUCUUCAACAGAAGAACCACUCAGUUUGAUAGUCGAAAGACAACAGGAAAAUGGAAAUAAAGAGAUAUUAGAAAUUGAAGUGAAUGUGGAAGUUGAAAUUCAAUAUGAACCUAUUGUGAAGGUUGACGCACAUGUUUGUCAUUCCUCAUCCUACGACCUCAACAUUAGAUGUGUUCGAUAUCUUGAAUGUAUUGACUGUCGCAUACACAAUGGCGGGAAAACCAAUUACUACGUCACUACAGAUAAAAUUGAUAACAUACAUAUGAGACCUCUCAGGCAUUCGGAUAAAAAGAAAAAUAUAUUUAAAUGUUACAAGUUUCAUGGUCUUUGUAUGCAGCGUGGCAGAAGACCAGUUCCAAUGUUCAUCGGCGUUUUCCAGUCCUACGAAGACAACCAAUUUGUCAUGGCUUCAAGCAAGACAACUCUUUCCCUAAUUAAUAUUCCCACUAAACUUAACACAAACAUGAGACAAAUUACCAGGGCAGAUCCUAGAUUCUUUGUUGUAUCUAGAACAGGCAGUGGUCACUCAUAUUUUGAGUCACUCCAACACAGAGGCAGUUAUUGGAAAUUUAAUGAAAACACUUUGCAACUAGCACGACGAUCGAAUAUGGAAGCAAUGUCAAGUUAUGACUCACAUUUCCGAUUUGUCCCCGUUGACUAAUGUACAACGACCUUUACAAAUGUUACUGUCCCUAGAAUAAAAAGUAAUUUUCA